AUGUAUCCCCAGAGAGAUGGGACGCGGCCCUUCCAGGUGCCGCCGCCCCCUCCGCCAAUGUCACCUCCUCCGUCCCAUGGCAUUAACAACCUGAUGACCAUCCCUCCGCCGCCUCCUCGUUAUCCGCCUCAGGGGACCAGCAGCAGUACUAUACCCCCUCCUCCUCCUGGCCCGCCGCCAAAUACUGCAUAUCCCAAUAGUGCCCUGGGCACUGCUGCUCCUUGGACCGGCGCCGGCUGGCCGAGCUUUAAUCGGGGACCGCUCUUCCCCCCGCCGCCGCCAGCCAAUGCUACGGCUCCCAUACCCACUUACGAUCCUCGGCUACACCCUCACCAUAUCGCCAAUCCAAAUCCCACAUCCGGUCCGACGACGCUGACUGUUCCUCCUCCCCCUCCUCCCCCUCCGCCUCCACAGCCGGAACCCGAUGUACCGGGCGUAAGCGCGACCUACAUCCCAACAGCAGGUACGACGUACGGUGUAGGCGUGGGAAUUCCUGGGUUUGGAAUUGACGACUCGGACUGGCUAGGCUCUGCUACCAACACUCCCUCACAUGAAACCUCAAACCGCGAGCAGCUGUUUGCUGCUGCUCUGGCCCAGAAAGGUGCAACUAGCAACACAGUCACCACUAUCUCGUCGGUACCCCCUGAAAUCGCUGCUCAGUGGCCUCUGGAAAAGGUCAUUGCGUGGCUCCAGGCGAACAAUUUCUCCAGGGAGUGGCAGGAAACCUUCAAAGCCCUCAACCUGUAUGGCGCUCCUUUCCUUGAGCUGGGGAGCAGCCAUGGGGGCCGUGGUAACUUUGGCAUGAUGCACCAACAGGUGUACCCAGAGCUUGCCCGGCAAUGUCGAGAGCGCGGCACGCCUUGGAACCAGACCAAGGAGAGGGAGGAGGGCAAGAGAAUGCGUCGCUUGAUCCGGAGUAUUGUGACAGGGAGACCGGUUGACCCUGCGAAAGUGGCUCCCUCAUCAGGAAGCCAUACUCGUUCGGAUUCUACCGCGACAUCGGUCACCGCCAGCGCCGCAACCGAGGCUAGUGAAUCUCCUAGUUCGACCAGGCCUCCUGCCUCUGGGCUCCACAUACGGAGAGUUUCUCAGUCGCGUACAAUGCCUCCAACUAUCGGAAAUAGCACAAUCAGCUCCGAUCAGAAUCACAGGAACCUGAUGAGGAAUAUUGAUGCGGAAAUCCCGAGGCGCCAUAGCCCGAACCCUGGUGACCCUAGGAACAGCCCGAGCGGCAGCCCCAUCCCCCAAUUCGCAACAACGACAGGAAACAUCGCAGCAUCUCCACACAGCGGUGGCCGAUGGACGCAUCGGUCUCAGCCCAGCACCGAUUCUGUCUCAUCGAACCAUGCCCAAUACGGAUCUGGAGUCCCUCCUGAUGCAGCCGAAAAGCUGCGAAAAGAUCUUAUUGAACCUCCCCGCAUCUCGGAAGGGAAUCGCCGAAUCGGGUUCGAUGGUGGUCGUCCUUCUCCGCAAGACCAUGGCGAUAAAAGUGCGGGCAGCGAUCCUCCGGGAAGUGCCAAGGGAAGCGGCUGGUUCCCGCACUUUUUCAAGAAGAGGAGAGAGGGCGAGGACUCACCUACGAGUCCGAAGUGGCCUCAUUUCGAUCGUCCAACCUCCAAACGGGGUCACCACGGCAAGGUGUAUAUUCUGGCCACCCUUGACUGCCGGAUCUUUCGUAUGAUCGAUAUCACCGAUACCGAAACGGCAACGGAUCUGAGGCAGCUGAUUUGCUGGAAUCUGAACGUCGAGGAGAGCGCCCAAAUUUACCUAACAGAGCUGGGCAAGUUUGAACAUGAAGGGGAUCCCUUGGAUGACAACAAGUUGAUCUCGGCCAAGCAUCAAAAGGGCGAUGCUGCGGGAACGCUGAAGGUCUUUGUCCGUCCCGUGGUUUCUCCGCCGCCUCGUGGCAAUGGUGUUCCUGUGUCUUCUUCAUCCGGGCAGCUUACGGUGCCAGUGGAUGAGGAUGCUUAUGGCAGGCUCAGCGGCCGUCAACGGUCUAGCUCAUCACCGCCUACGUCCAGGCAGAAUACCCUGAUGGGUAGGGAUCGCGAUGACAAAAGCCUGUCACAAGAGGCUAUUCAGUAUAGGACAGAACAGCUUCGAAAGCAGCAGGAGUACCUUGCGAAGAAAGCCGCAGCCAAGGAAGGCAAUAGUCCAUCCACAGAGACUCCCAUCGGCAUUGUCGGAAGGAACGUGGACUUUGAUCAGCCGCGGCUUUCGCCAUAUGAUGAUCGCAAGGUCGACUCUCUGUUCCCGCAGCGCAAGGCGCCCGCCCCGCCAAACGAGCCAUCUGCUACGUCGCUCAAGGCCAACUCGCUCAGCAAGAACCAGGGCAGCCCUGGCCAUACUAGCCGUCCGUCUCUGGAUGGUCGCCAUCAAAAGCGCCCGUCUGGCUCGUCUGACAUGCGUGAGGAGGUCAUGGCUGAGAGACCGAAGAGAUGGGCUGGUCCUCCAGAUGGUGGCAUCGUUGGUGGGUUGCUGGUCAACAUGGCAGGGCGCAUGGCGGUUCCUGGCAUGGGACAGACUGCGACGGUCCCGAACAGUCAGAGGGCACUGUCCCCCCAUCGUGCUGCUUCGAUGCCUACAACAAGCACUGAGACUCACGAGAAAGGUAAGGCAGCCUCGUCUAAUGUUGUUGAUAACGGGCAGCAAGCGCAUUCUGGUUACGGCCCUGUUGGAGGAGGAGCUGGCCGAUGGCUCGGGUACAUGCCCGACAUGCCGGGUUCUACCACAUGGGGCACAAACCCAAAUGCGCCGUUCCUUGUCCCGGACUAUUCUCCGGGGGGAACACCUCAGCUGUCCUACGGGCGUGAUGAUCAUGGAUCGGGCGCUCGUCCUUCUGAUCGUCCUCCGUAUGGCACAGAAGCUAAGAGAAGUCAAACAGCUCGCGCCCCUUCUUGCGCCGAUUUCAGUCCUGCCAGCACUCGUGCCCCGACGAGCGAUUCGAUCCCUGCUACGUCCAGUGGCGAGCAAACCUUCUCGCAGGUUGACGACGAGUUCCCCCAGGACAACGAGAUUAGGUUCUCGAGGACGUCUACGCUGGUCGACAAGGAGCCUGCUCAGAAUGACUCUGAUGAGGACUCGGACGAUGGCCUGUUCGCAAAGCCUAUUGCGAAUCGCAGUAAGCCGAAGGCGCAGACACAGACUGAGGACGACGACGAUUCCGGGCUCAUCAACAAGCGGCCAAGUUUGCGUGUCAACACUAAGAGGGCUGGGAAGACGUUUUCGGUUUCUUUCACUUCUCCUCACGUCAGUGCCGAGGGCAAAACACCAGCGGGUGAUGACGAGGAGAGCUCGUCUGCCUGGUCGCAGCGGCGCACUCCUGGUACUCCUGGCUCUGAGAGCUGGGACUCGGAAGAGCGUGAACGGCUCAACCGCCGCAAGUCAUUCGUCGAGAAGGAUGUGUGGGCUAACCGUCCGCCCACGGAUGCCCUCAUCAACAACCUCGAGGACUUCUUCCCGAACGUCGACGUUGACCAGCCUGUGAUCGAGGAAGGAGAUGGCGAGUUUAUCCCCCCGAUUGACGAGAUGGACGAGAUCCGGGCUGAGCAGAGCAAUGCUCCUCCAGCAAUGUCACCGCCGAUACCGCCGCUCCCAGCGAACAAUGCUGCCUCCUCGGGCUACAAUGAGAGCGAUACCCUUGGCUCGGACGAGUCAACUCUCAAGGCGUCUGAUGCUCGCCCUCUCUCCAUCCAGACGGUGGCUUCCCGCAGCGUGCGCAAGUCUGGCGGUCUUGGCCGUAUGAAGUCUAUUCGUGAGGUCGCUCGUGGUGCUCACGAAGCCAGCAAGCGCUACACGCAGUCGCAGCAGGCGCUUGCCAACCAAGCUCCUGGCAAUCCCAGCAGGAAUACCACGCUGUUGCGGCGCAAGAGUACCAAGAUGUUCAACGCCAAUAUCGUGCAGAUCCGCCCAGAGCGUGGCUUCCAGGCGCUUCAGCAGCACAAUGCUGUCCCGCAGCAGACCAACAAUAACACCGGCCUCAAACGGCAGACCACAUUCCGCUGGUUCAAGGGCCAGCUGAUCGGCAAGGGCACCUUCGGGCGCGUGUACCUAGGCAUGAACGCCACUACGGGUGAGUUCCUGGCCGUCAAAGAAGUCGAGGUCAAUCCCAAGGCCGCCGGUGGCGACAAGAAGAAGAUGCAGGAGCUGGUGGCCGCGCUCGACCAGGAGAUCGACACCAUGCAGCACCUCGACCACAUCAACAUCGUGCAGUACCUCGGUUGCGAGCGCAAGGAGACAAGCAUCUCCAUCUUCCUCGAGUACAUCCCCGGUGGCUCGAUCGGCUCGUGUCUGCGCAAGCACGGCAAGUUUGAGGAGCCGCUUGUUGCGUCGCUCACGCGUCAGACGCUAUCGGGGCUUGCAUACCUCCAUCGUGAGGGCAUCCUGCAUCGCGACCUCAAGGCGGACAAUAUCUUGCUGGAUCUGGAUGGCACGUGCAAGAUCAGCGACUUUGGCAUUAGCAAGAAGACGGAUAAUAUCUACGGUAACGACAAGACGAAUUCGAUGCAGGGGUCUGUGUUCUGGAUGGCGCCUGAGGUGGUUCGCUCACAUGGCGAGGGGUAUAGUGCCAAGGUGGAUAUCUGGUCGCUGGGGUGCGUGGUACUCGAGAUGUUUGCGGGCCGCCGGCCGUGGAGUAAGGAUGAGGCGGUUGGCGCGAUCUACAAGAUUGCCAAUGGCGAGACGCCGCCUAUUCCGGAGGAUAUUCAGGGGACUAUUAGCCCUGCGGCGUUGGGGUUCAUGUUGGAUUGCUUUACUGUUAACCCUACGGAGAGGCCUACUGCGGACAGGCUCCUUUCUCAGCACCCGUUCUGCGAGCUUGACCCCAACUGGAGCUUCUACGACACCGAUCUCUAUAAAAAGAUCAACGGCAUUUGGUAUCACCAACACCACAACAUGACUUCUCAACCUGAGUUUUACCACAUGCCAUUCCACUUGAGCGAAUUGCCGGUCGUCCCGGCUAUUGAACCGGAGCUUGAAGAUGGACGAUGGUGGUUCGAUGUUCUCAGCCUUAACGGGUCUCGACGGCAGGGAUCACAUCCAGAGUCCUACUCUGGCUAA